GCUUAGACCACAUCAGCAACAGCGUGGUGUACGUUUGCACAUACAGUGCAGUAUGCGUGCUAUUGCUCUCCAGCUCGGUUGCUAGUUAGCGGCUUAGUGCUAACGGAGAGGUUCGUCUCCGUACCGGUCCGAUAGUGUGUCAGCGAGCGCGACGCGAGUCCCCGCCGAGGGGUUUCGGCCAGUUCACAAAAUCCGUGCAACUCAACCAUUCGAUGGCCCUCAGUAGGAGGUUUGCUUUCGUCUAAUGAAUCACAGCCACACCUGACAUCGCUGAUAAGCCGUGCGUAGUGCGCGUACGGAAUCGAUCACUGAGCUCGGCCCCAUCGCUCGUCAAUGUGCCUGAAGUAGUUAAAGUAGCCUCCUCACACAUCCGAAACAUUUAAAUUCUUCUCCACCGGAAAUGUGGUGCGGGAAGGGUGGUGUGAUCUCUGCACAGUAACAAACGUUGACCGUCGCGUUACACACCGUCUACAUCCACUGCUGAGAUCUACCACACAGCAUUCAACUUCAAAUGCACCAAGCGACGCCGUAUAACGCGCGUCGUCCUGUCCUGUUCCAUCCAUCAACCACGAAACGCAUCCAACCAUGGUGAAGGAUCGGCUGGCGGAGCUGAAAAGCAGAAGUAAGUACGCCAACCACAAUCCGGAUGAUGCCGGGCAGUUGGAGGUGCCGCUGACCAGAUCACAGGAAGAAAUCUUCCAAAAUCUCGAAAAGUUUUCUCAGCUUACUGCAUGGAUCCAGACGAUACGGGCCAACAUUACCGACAUGCGGAAACAGAUCGGUACCUCCAAAUUUCACUACAAUAACAAACCGAUUCGCGAUCGGAUAGAGGAAAAGAUGAAGGAAAACAACCAGCUCUGCCAGCGUAUUUACAGCUCCAUCAAACAGCUCGAGUCGGAACUCGGCGACGAUAGUAUACACCGGACCGGGGUGCUGUUCCGUAUCAAAAACACACAGUUUCUGGUGAUUCGUGACGAUUACCUGUCCGCGUACCGGGAGCAUGAGGAGCUGGUGGCGUAUUACGAGCAUCGUAUCAUGUCGAUGAUGAAGUUGGAAGCGAAAGCAAUGAACUACAACAUCACGGACGAUGAGGCACUCGAGCAACUUACCGGCAAUCAAAGGUCACCCUUCGCAGGCAAUCUGCUGGAGGAAACGGAACGCGAGCGGCAAAUACUACGUGACAUCAUGACGCGCCACAGUCAGCUGGAAGCAUUGGAGAAGUCGCUGAUGGAGGUGCGCGACAUGUUCGUGCGCAUAUCGAGCCUGGUGAUGGAGCAGGGAAGUCUGGUGCAGGUGAUCGAGUACCACGCGCAACAGGCCACGCUCAACACGGACCACGGUGCGCACCAGCUGCAGAAGGCCCGCGAGUACAAGAUCAAGGCGCUGAAGAAGCGCACCUGCCUGCUGAUCUGGAUUAGUACCGCGCUAGCGGUGUUGCUGUUUUUGGUUAUCAUCUUCUAAAUCGAUAUACCGCGUCUCAUACAGGCGUAUGUCUUAGCCAUACGAACGAUAUAAAGGGCAACGCUUAAGUCUAUUACGUUUGGAAUACUUUAUUCCAUUUCAACUGUCUUCUUGGUCGAAGGUUUACGCGAUACAUAGUAGAGGAACCAACACACACCUACAUACAAAAAAUGGGAAAUGCGCCAAUGGAUGAAUGGGAAUCGUUAUAACUUAAAUGUGGUACAUGACCUUAAAACGUUCGUCUUUCACUGCCUUCCUUUUUUCUAGUUUCUACCAUUUCUGGCUUCCUUGACGCGAUGGAAUUCGGUCCUGCCGUGCAUUAGACCUGCACUGCUACAUGUGUCCUGACCUUGCAAUACCUAUCUGCUCUCAAAAAUUUGGUUUAAAUAUCCCAAUACUGGGCAAAGAGAUUUGAUGAACUGUUCGAUAACACUUAGUUAGCAUUGUCCCCGUAAGCUUAGAGCAACUAAAUAGACAUUUCAGCUUAGUUGCACUAGACUGCAGCUAUCGAAGACA